AUGUACGACUCCGAAGUUCUCAAGAUUUUUGCUAGACAGCCUGUCUCACAGGAAAUGGUGGCUUUCCUUGUUAGUACCACCAAUUCGAUUAUCCAAGUGAAAUCUUCCGCACCAAAAAGUUCGAAGACCUUGGACAACGGAAGCUUGGUGGUUACACCUAAAUCUGAGUUUGUUUCACUUACUACUUUCAUAAAUAACUUGAUUAGGUACUCAAACGUUCAAACUCCAACAUUAAUGGCCUCGUUAAUUUAUCUUAAUAAGUUGAGAAACUUGUUGCCCGCUAAUGCCGUUGGAAUGGAAACCACUCGCCAUAGAAUUUUCCUCGCUGCGUUAAUUCUCAGUGCGAAAACGUUGAACGACUCGUCCCCAUUAAACAAGCACUGGACCAAGUACACCGAUGGUUUACUUUCCUUACAAGAAGUCAAUAUGGCCGAAAGGGAAUUAAUCGGCUUAUUGAAGUGGAAUAUCAACGUGAAGCAAGAAGAUUUGGUAAUUGUAUUGCAACCUUUCUUAACUUCCAUCAAGCAGUCUUUAUGCAGGAAGAGAGAACAAGAAAGCUUACAGAAGUCGGACUACUACAGAUUAUCGAAUGCUUACUCGAACAACAGCAAGUACAAGUUGAAAUCCGCUUCUCCAUCGCCUUCUUCAUUAUCGCUUUCAUCUUCAAAUUCCAACACAUCCAUCACAUCAUCCACUUCUAACUAUUCGUUGAAAACAACCUCAUCGAUGUCCAGCUAUAGCUUAGCUGCGGCUGCGGCUGAAGCGACUAUAGAGGAAGCUUCUUACGCUGAAGACCCUAAGUCUUUCCGCUAUAGAACUCCUUUAUCGUCGAUCUCGUCUGCUUCACUCAACAGGCAUUUGUCCUCUCCCACUACUCAGAAGUUGAGGACGACCAGCCAAGUGCAAGGUCAAGUGCUUGACAUGCAUACGAAUGCAAGAAUACUAGUCUAA